UUUGAGCAGACGAGCACCAGCAGAGUGGCCGAGCAUAUCUCAGAAUCUCACCCGCGCACUCGAGUGACGAGCUCAGCUCUUCGCAGAAUCUCAGUACAAUCAUGCAUCUUCUACACCGAUCCUCCAUGCUCGGCGCCGGCGCCGGCGGUGGCCGGGCGCUGCGGCGAGUCGGCAGCUCCCCGAGGGCGCUGCUGAGGAGCGAGUCCAUCAAGAAGAGGAGUGCUAAGAAGAGCGGCAUCAAGGGAUCGAAGAGGGCGCAGCUGCGCGCCGGGCUCGCCGCCGCUCUGCUGGAGCUCAGGCUCGCCGGUCGCCAGAAGCGCGGACCGGUGUCCGCCGCCGCUGCAGACUCCACGCGCCCGGGGGCUGAUGUUGGAGGGCCCUCCUGCGCCGAUGCCGCCGCCGCCGCUAUCCCGGCACGCGCGGCGGCUGGUCCCGAGGGGCCGGCGAGCAGCGGAGGAAUAAACCGCGCGACGCUGCCGCCGCUGCUGCUGGCGCUGGUGGCCCUCGCGUGCGUGGUGGCGCUUGGCAGGGCGCCGGCAGUCUGCUGCUGCACGUGCGCUGCGUGGUGGUGCCGCGGCCCCUCUGCCUACACCAGCGGGCGCCGCCGGAGCGGCGUCCUCUCCAGCAGUGUGCAACCACAAGCUGUUGAUGGUAGUAACACUGGCGCAGCUGGUCGCACUGGGUGAAUCGGAUGUCGUCGUGCUGGUUCUUUGCUUCCCUUCUCCAACAUCCUUAUUGUUAAACAAUUUGGAUCGCUGGAAGGAUUGGAUCGACGCACCACAAACGUUGGACGGCCUGGACUUUACGGCUGUUUGGCUGGGCUUCAGCUACAAAUUUGCAUUAUAGAUAUAUAGAUUCACAGUGGAGCAGAUUAUUAGUGAAACUAGUGCUAUCAAUGUUGUUGUUUGGUUAGCAGGUUGACUUCAGAUUCAUGAAUGAUGGGAGUUAGGGUGAAUUAUCCAUGUUACAUUUCGUGUUUUUCAUUUGUGGCUAUUAUGGUAAAAUCAAUGUUUUGUGAGUUUUAA